UCCCACCGCAACGGACUCUCCCUUCAAACGGGAAACAAGAUGGCGGCGGCAGGUCCGAGCACUCGGGCUUCUUCCGCGGCGGCCGCGGCAGCUCUUAGUCGGCGGGGCCGGCGGGGCCGCUGUGACGAGACGGCGGCCGCGAAAGCCGGGGUUCCGGGCCCGGCCUCUAGCCCCGCGUUGUUAGUGUUGCGGCCGGCGCCACGGCCGGAGGAGUCGGGCUGCACCGGGUGCCUGGAGACCCCGGGGGAAGUGGCGGCCCUGCCGUGCAGCCACUCGCGGUGCCGAGGCUGCGCCUCUCGCGCCUCGGGCCCGGGCUGCCGUCGCUGCCGUCCCCGCGGCUCGGGCUGGGCCCGCCGUCGGGCCCGCGACGACGGCCAGGCCGCCGCGGAGCUGAUGGGUGAGCGCGCCCGUCGCGGACAGCCGGAGCGCUGCCACCCGCGCCGGGACGGGGGCGCGGCUGCCUCGGGGCCCAGGCCGGAGCCGGAGCCGCUCGCGGAGCCAGAGUUUAUAUUCAGAACACCAAUCAAGUUGAGCAAGCCAGGAGAACUUGGUGAGGAAUAUGGAUGCUUGAGAAAGCUGAGAGGAGAGAAGUUACAAGAAGAAAAAGCUUGUGAAGAUCAGAUACACAAGAUACUGCAGGAGGAUUCCGAAAUGGGGAAGAGGAAAACUGAUGAACAGAAAAAAAGAGAUGAGCCAGUGAUGCUGAAAACAAGUCUGGAGCAGUGUCCUGCACGUCUCUCGGAUUCAGAGAAUGAAGAGCCUUCUCGGUGCCAGGUGAUACAGACCCAUCGCUCAGCCUUCGUUUCCAAGAACACUUCCUGCUCCUUAGCUUUCCUGGCAGGGAAGAUAAACACCAAGGUGCAGAGGAGUCAGAGCUGCAGUGACACAGUUCAGGACAGAGUGAGGAGCAGGCUCAGAACAGCUCCACCCAACAGAGCCAAGAUCACAACUAUAACUCCAGGCUCUACCCCCAUUAUUGGUGUUCUCUUGUCUACUCAAAACAGCCGCUGCCUCUCUGCCCCUGACUUAACCAUAGAAAAGCGCCUGCCCUUCAGCUCCCUUUCAUCCGUGGCUUCCUUGCAUAAGCCAGAGCGCUCCAUCAGCCCUGAAAGCAAUGACAGCAUCUCCGAAGAGCUAAACCACUUCAAGCCCAUCGUCUGCUCACCAUGCACCCCUCCCAAGAGGCUCCCUGAUGGCCAGGUGCUCAGCCCUCUCAUCAUCAAGUCAACGCCUCGAAACCUGAACAGAAGCCUGCAGAAGCAGACUUCAUAUGAGGCCAGUCCUCGAAUCCUCAAGAAAUGGGAGCAGAUCUUCCAGGAGCGGCACAUCAAGAAGACCCUUUCCAAAGCCACUCUCACCUCCCUUGGCCCUGAGGCAGGGGAAGAGUUAUCAAGUUCUGAACCAAUCUAUUCCAGCAAGGACAGGCCGUCUCUGGCUUUAAGUACCAGGCUGUCCAGGGUCCAGGUGCUCUCAGAGUGUGCUGGACCCACUUCCACUGACCUUGAGUGCGUCCCCUCUGUUAACCAGACAAAAGUAGAACAGGACUGUAUUAGAAAACAGAGCCAUGAGGUCCCACUGGACACCUGCCAUUCCUCAGAGCCCAGAGGAGCAGCCAGUGGGCCUUCUUUGGAAGGGGAGCAGUUUGAGCAGUCAAGGUCUGCCGUGGAUGCCACAUUAGUCAAAACUUGCAUAAGCACAGUCAUGAAGACUGCAGCAGUUAAUUCAUCGGUACCCAAAAAUGAUGUUUUGGGUGGGGUCCUCAAAACAAAGAAACAACUGAAGACACUCAGUCAUUUUGACAUGGGUAAUGGCAUUCUGGUCAACAGCCUAGGAGAGGAGCCGGUUCCUUCCCUUCGGAGAGGCCGGAAAAGGCGCUGUAAGACCAAGCACUUGGAACAAAAUGGUGUUAAGAAACUGCGACCACCCAGCAGUGACAUGGGCCUGGCUCCAAAGGACCCAGGGCUGCUUGAGAUGGGACGGAAAUUGCAGCAGGAGGAAGAGGACCAGCAGCUGGCUCUGCAGUCACAGGGCAUGCUUGACAGUGAGAGGCGGACUAUGAGCCGGCGAAAAGGAAACGUGGAUCAGUAUCUCUUGAGGUCCAGCACCUUAGCUGGGACCAAGUAGCACUUAAUGUACAAAGUAAUGUUACCUGCUUUUCAGAGGUCCCUGGCCUCAAUCAUUUAUCCAAAAGAGCUAGCUGAAUGUUCUCACUUUGAGUUUCUUUCAAUGGCAAAACACUGUCUGCUGUGGUUCUGAGAGGAUCCAAGGCCUUGGUAUUCAAAAGCCAAGUAUUUGCAUUUUGGCUUUCUAGGACCAGGGCCAGUACUCCUCACCCUUUGAGUGAGCCAACUCUGAAGGCUUCUGGGCCCAAAUCUGGCAGUACCCAUUUGGAGUGAGCUUUGGAGUGAGCUUGGGAGUGGCCUCAUUCAUGAACAUGAUGGCCAGUGUUAGAGAUGGUAGGGAGAUGGGAUACCUUCUCAACAUUCACACCCUGGCUUCUUACCACAGAGUGGUGUUUUAAGGUAGCCUUGCAGAUAAACAUGGAUUCUUUUCAGAGACAAGUAGUACCAGUACUUUGGAAGAGCCAAGAUAAAUAGAUCCUCACGUUCAUCUUUCCCUCCCCUUUGCCACAAGUAAUUUCUACAUAUCCAAAUCAGUUGAGCUUAAAACUUUUGCCUCUACAGAAAUUAAUUUGCAUCCUCUAUUUAAACUAUGACAUUAGAUUGAAGCAGUGUGGUUGACACCUGUCUUCCUGAGACCUCAUUUGUAAGUGCUGUCAGCUGGGUGAUGAAGCCACAGUGUAGACUUCCAGGUUCUCUUGGCUGCCAAGUGGCCUAGCCCAGACUGACCACUGGCUCUCAUGGCCACAAGUCCCAUGGGUUCUCUACAAUCACAGGGUGCCCAAAGGAAAUACAACCUAAAGGCAUGCCAGGGCCACCCAGGGAGACUGGCUAGGCACUGAGCGUGACAGUACAAAGCCCACCUAGAAGCACUUCACCUUGCGGGAUGUGAACCAGAACUGCAGUGACCUCUCAGCUCACUUACAGGCUUCUGUUCUCCCAGGAGCCCUGGCCUGGGGGGCAGCUGGGAGGUUUCCUUACUACUUCCCAUGUGGCAAUGGCUAUCUUCAAUUUUUAAUCUUAAAAAAAAAAAAAGAAAGAAAGAAAAAAGAAAAAAACUUGCCCUAAAGUCAGGCAAAGGACAAAGCAGAAACUCCAUACUGUGGAAACAAGGUAUCUAGCUGGAUGCAGCUGGUAAAUUCAGUCCCAUGGACAUUUGGGGUUUAUUUUUCUUAGCAGCUUGACACCAUGUGUCUUUUGCAUCCCUGGUGGUGCUUGGUGCUUCUGCCCUUCUGGGCUCACGGAGAAUAGGGAAUCUGUUAGGGUUUUAGGGACUCUCAGGUGGGCUGGCCUUUCCUGUGUAUGUGUGAGCUGUUACCAUAAUCACGUGACUGACAUUUUAACAAACCUUCCAUAACUUUUACACCAAUCCUAUAUUGUCCCCUUUAAAAGGUCCCAGUGAGAUACUACAUAGUUGUCUGGUGACAUUGCCUUUGAUCAGAAUGUUUCUGAAACAUUCGAAGUCUAGAAGUAGCUGGAGCUUAGAUUCACUGUUCUGUGCCAAGGGAGAUGCCAGUCUGUGGGAAUUCUAGAAAAGAGAACUUCAGAUUUGGAGAUAGCCAGAGACUGGUUGAAGCUUCUGAAGGUGGGAAGAAGGGUGUGGAGUCCUAUGCAUGGUGUCCCUUAAAGCACACAGAACUAAUUUCUCUGCAGCUCAUAGUUCCCAGGGAUGUUAGAUGUGUAUGGCCAUUAGCAAGGUGGCUUCAAUGGCUGCUCUGGCAGGAACCUGUGUGAGUCUGGGGUGUGGGCAUGUUUUAAAACAUGCAAUAGUCUCAUUACUUUAUACUCAUACUGCUUUCCUUCCCAUUCUAGGCAACUUAGGGCUUUUCAGGGCUGCUGGAAGGCACACCAGCGCCCCAGGGAGGAGAACUGGCCCUGGCUGCGGACACCAGAAACCCCAUUAGAGAAAACUUAGAAAUGUCUACCAUGUCAUGUGUUUCUUUUAUGAUCUUAUUAUUAUUGGAAGGCUAGUCUUACUGGGUAGUCUCACUGGCAUUAAAGACACUUAUUUUUCCACUUGCCACCCUUUUAUAUGUCACUGAUGCUUAGAAAAACACUUUUAGUUGGAAUUAAUUUUUGAUUUUGGUAAGAAGAUAAAAUAUUUUAAUAGAUGAAAGAUAUAUAUUUUAAAUAUCCCCCUGCCCCUAGUGACUCCGUGGAGUAAGAGUACAUAGCAGUGGCGACAAGUGUGGGCUCAGGUGCAGUGUUGCUGCUGAGUGAGUGUUGCAGACUCUGGGAUGCCCCUGUGUACCCCCCAGGGAGACCCCAGGACUGUACACUGUUCUUUGCCAGACUUUCUGCUGAGAGCAGUGGCCUUGAAAUAGAGGCAAAACAGUUUAUGUUGAGAAGGAAUAGCUUAUUCGUUAGUUUGCUUACCCUUGAAAAUGAAAAACUACUAAAGUAUAUGCAUACAAGAUGCUCUCAAACUUAGUCAGCGAGACCUGAACACUUCAUUUCUGAAAAUUCCCAUCUCCAUGUUAGAUGGAAGUUGCAACUACAGUUGUUGACAUGGAUCCCCUAAAGAGAAAAGAGAUAAGGGAAGUAGAACGUUUGGGAGGUUGGUGAGCUCGAGGGGAAGACACCAUUUCACAGAUAGUUCUCCUCAGUUAUGCUGUCCUAGCGACCUGCACACUGCCCACAUCCUGCUGUGCUCCUUAGUGUGUGCACAAAGAGGAAACUAUGAGGGACAAGGGGUGAGUCUUUCUGAUGGGGAAUCCAAGAGAUGCACUAUCUUUCAAGAGGGCUUAGUAGCCCUUCUCUAAAGAGGGCAACCCUUGUGCCCAUUUGAAGAAGUCAUCUGGGCCUGAUGUGCUGGUAUCAAGUCAGGGAGUACUCUGCCAGCACCUGGCCUCUGGCCUCUGGCCCUAGUUGCCUCUGUUUUUUUUUUUUUUUCUGUUGUUGUUUUGUUUUUGUUUUUUUAAAAGUCUGGCUGAGGCUUGUCUAGCAAUCUUUCCUAAUUGGCUUCAUUUAUUUAAAAAAAAUCAUUCUUUGAUUAUAGAAGUGAUAAUGGUCAUAAAUGGUCUUUUUUUUUUAGGGUAAAAUGCCCCCUCAGAAAUUAAGCUAUUUAAUUAGUUAUUGUCUGAUUACAAACUGACCACUAAUAAAAAUGGGAGGCUAAUGAAGCAGGCUGUGUUGAUUCAGAAGGCACUUUUGAGCUCUUAGACCUCCCACCCUGUGCUGGAUGGUAGACUAGCCCCUCCUGCUGAGGGCUGUGUGUAGUGCAGUGUGUAUGGAUGUGUUUGAUCCAAGAGUGUAUUCAUGAACUUUGAAAAGCCGUUCCAUCUCUGGCAAUGCUCUUCAAUGGUCCAGUUCAGGAGAUCUGGCUCAGAAGGUCACCCACAUUUUCCAUACUUUAUCAGUAUUUCUGAGUUUGAUUAACUCUGCUUUUUCAAUUUCCUAAGUAAUUUUCCCAAGGAAGAAUGGAUUUUCUCCUGCAGUGAUUAUAGAAUAGUCACUCCUGUUCCCUGUUCAGAAGCUGCAUUUAACUCAAAUUCCAAGAAAUGAGGCAAGUCCGGAUCACCCUGAAGCAGCCUGUCAUUCACUUGAGUGACCUCCUAAUGCAUCCCAAGCUGACCUUUCACCAGACCCAGCAGUGACUUGCAGUUUCUUUCUUGCUUGUCAUUGAAGCAGAGAGUCAGUAGGAACGGGUAGCUAGCUUAUCACCACGAGGUUAAAUCUAGACCAGCAUCAGUCUCUACCUUUAAAUGAAGACCCACAGCUCUGGUUCCCACUGUGGUGCCCUAGGGCCCACAUAACUGUGAAAGGGACAUCCAAAUGACAGGUUUUAUAAUGCUUCUUACCUCUGUUUUCUUCAGUUAAGAAAUACCUGUAUCCCCUGAAUACACCCACAAUAAUAUAUAGAGUACUUAGUAGGGAAACCCUGUAGUGUGAUUUAAGUCAUUGAUGAAAUUUUGGUUGGGGUAGCUGUCAUUUUAAUUAACAGCCUUUGCUGUUUCAGUCAAACUCCAUAGGGACCUAACUCUUCUUAGUCAGCCCUUUCCUUGCCAGCCAUAUAAUACUCUUUAGAUUGAGCCUUCAGGAUGAAUGGAGCUGGUUCUUUUAACUCAGUAGGAUUGAGGAGCAGGUUUUGAGGAUGAGGCUGCUGCAGAUUUUUUUUUUUUUUUUUUUUUUAAGAAGAUGACCCAGGAAUGCACAUUUCCCAGAUUGUUAUCCACUGUAGCAUUCUGAGGAUUGUUCUGUAGAAGAGACUUGGAGGUACACAGAGGUUACCAGUUUUUAGUCAAAUCAGAUAGAAGAAAGGUGCCAUGCCCCCACGAGCAGACAGCUUUGUGUAUUGGCAGCACUUCUUCUGAAGGGGAAAAUGCACUCUUGUUUUUCCUAAGUUUGUUGCCAGGAGUAAGGGAACUUAAACCAUACAAGAGCUGACCCUAGACUCUAAGCUCCCUCUCUCUCCUUUCUGGAGCCUUGGGUCCAUGAAAAGUUAGACAAGGUCAUGCUGAGGCCAGACUUGCUCAUGCCCUUCCCAGUGCUGCACGUGAGGUACAGACAGUUCAGCCUUCAGAUGUCAGGUUGGUCCGGGAGCAGCUUCCAUGUGAUUCCACAUACCUGCAACAGCAGCAACCAGGCUCUCUCUAGCUGCUACCUGCCCGCCAAGCUGAGCCUCAGUGCAGCCCAGCAGAUCCUAGUUUGCUCAGGCAUAGCCACCAGCAAAGCAAGCAGACAGACUAUGCAAGACAGGAAAUAACUAGCCAAAAUGCCAACUAAUGGUUGUUUGGUUUUGUUUUGUUUUCUUACCUGAUAUACUGUUUACUCUUAACUGUACAAAUAUAGUUGUCCUAAGAGCCAAGAGGGGAACCUUUCCACCUAGAAAUAGAAAAUGGUUGUUGGCUUUAGGCUACCUGCUACAGCUCCUCGUGGUCUGGUGAUUGUGAUUUAUUCAACCUGUUUACAUUAGAAUUGGAGAAGGGGCCCUGGAUCUUGGUGGGCUGCCACUGCUGUCUGUACCCCCUUGACUCCUAAAGAACCUUUUGAUAGAGGGACUUGGGACAAGGUAUGCCCUAUCAGGGAUGCUUUUACCACAAAGGAAUGGUAUGGAAUCAAGUGGGAUGACUAAUGUAUGAUUAAAACAGUACCAAAGUGCAUUCUUCAAUGUGUAUGUGCCUGUUCCAGGCAAGGCCCAAGUUGAAAAUGCAGUAAAGCAGACUCAUGAAAG